AUGAGCGCUGAAGAUGCUUCAAAAGCCUGGGAUGCCAAGGUUCGUUUACACAAGUGUGGUGAAGCUGCACGAGCAAUACCGACGCAGCGUCGAUGCCGUAUAACAGUGGACCGGAAAAAAAAGGAACUUAGUCUUGCUUUUGAAACUUCAAAAAGCCUGAAUAAGCACUUCCCGUUAUCGUCUAUUACAAAGUUCCCUAAAGUUCUCCCAAAGCAGAAGAGUUUAAGUUUGGCUGUCCGAGUAAAUCGUAACGAUGAUUAUGAAAUAUUUUGCGAGUUCGAUAGUGUCAACUCCUUGUUCGAGUUUUUCCCGUACAUGACCGAUUCUCUUCCUAAGCCGAGAGCAACAUUUAGUUCAGAUGUAGUUAGGAUGCGGGGCUUGAUCCAUAGUCGAUCAGACGUAACGACCUCGGGCUCCGCCGGGCUUUUGGCACGUAAGGAGAAAACUUUGAGUGAAAAGUCAAAAGAAGUCAGUGAUGGGUGGAGUCGCGUAUCUCUGAUGGAGAAUGCGUUACGUACAGUACCACGUCAUAGUCCUCUAACUUCGAUUCUUACAUCUGGUUCGUUAUCUGCUGGAGCACGUUUACAGGCAGAGUCUAUCCGUGAAAAUGCUCAAAGUAGUUCACCAAAACUUGUCAGAAGCUCAGGAGAUGACAGUGAAAAUAUAUCUCCGUCCACUCCAGUCACAAGCAGAUAUUCUUCUGGGAAACCUUCUUCCACCUCCAACGAAUAUGCACAGCAAGUUGGAAGUAAGUUGAAAAGAACAGCUCGUUCUUUGCUCAAAGAAAUCUCUCUGCAAGAAGAUACAAAUGACUCUCGGGGAACUUCAACACAAAACUUGGGUAGCAUUAGACGGCGCAUACAAGGAAUGGACGAUACUCUUUUAUGUCAGUCCCCAUCAAAGACAAGGGUGGCAACACAAGCUGUUUCUCUUGGAGAAGAAGUUCAAGUCAUUCGUGGGGGGUUUGCAAAUUUGGGAAACACGUGUUAUAUGAAUGCAAUUUUGCAAGCAAUUUGUGGUGUCGACGAGUUUUCAAAAGAAUUGUAUCGUGUCUCUCAGCAAAUACGGAGCAUCGAGCUUUCGGAAGCUGAAGAUGCUGUUAUGAUGUCAGCACUUUCGGAUUUAACAAGCAGAAGAUUGAAGGCCUCUCAUGAAGAGAAGCGAAGGUUACUUCACAAUGUUAAAGGUGCAGUUAAAUCCGACGCAGUAAGGUUCUCGGGAUAUCAUCAGGAGGAUGCUCAGGAGUUUUUGUCACAAGUGCUAGACCAGGUGAAAGAUGAAUCGGACUUUGUUUUGAAGAAGAUUGCGGAGUUAGAUCGGAAUUUGAUUACCAUUUCAAACCCAGUUACUUCCAACUUCUCUUUCACAUUGCGUCAUGAAAUAAAAUGUGAAAACUGUGGGAAUGUUGCGAAACGGUCUGAGGAUGCUAACGAUCUUCCGAUGCACCUUCCUACAGAUGAAGAUAAUAGAUGGAGUUCGGCAAAUGAGCCUUACUGUUCUGUGCAAACACUUCUUGAUGACUGUCUGAAGACGGAAAAAGUUGAUUGUCGGUGCGAAAAAUGUGGUUCCAGCACUUCGGAGGUCUCUCACAAAUUUGAAAAGCUUCCAAGGUGCAUCAUUGUUUAUUUCAAGCGAUACAGUUAUGACGCAGUCGUUGCCCAAGGCUCGAAGAGGAGAGAUGAAGUGGAAAUUCCUUUAUUUUUGACUUUACAUGAUCAUUGCGUAGAAGAUAUAUUGCGCUACUCGGCCCCUUCACCAAGCAUUAAGUAUACUUAUUCUGCUUUUGCAAAACUUGACGCCACAAGGAAAAUUAGUUUUUCGCAGUCUGGUGCUCUAGAUGAGGAAGAAUUAACGUCUCCUUCCAAAAAGGCAUUGGCUAAAAGAAGAUUAGUUCCAGCAAGCGUGAGUGAGAGGCUAGUGGUAGAUGAACAAGCUUCAUCAUGUGGCCGGUUAAGCGAGACUUCAACACGCAGCUUCAGUGGCAAACGACCAAUUAGGCAAAGUCAGAAAAAUCACGAAGAAGUGGUUGGAUGCGACCAUCUGGAAAAGUGCAGAACGUACACUUCUGAUGAACUUCAUCUCAUGUCCGAAGAAGAUCAGAUACGCUUGGCUGUAGAAAAAAGUAUGUUUGAAAGGACUUCAUUUAACUGGACUAACGAAAAUUGGGACGAUUGUCCUUCUCAGUGUAAGGUACCAAAAAUAGCAGACGACUUUGGAAAUUUUGAGGUCGCUUCAUCUUCAAAGCAGAGUGCAAGUGACGAUUAUCUGUUACAUUUUGAUGGGGAUCCAUUAGUUUUAUUUGAAAAAGAUUUGGCUGAACGUCAAAAAAGUUGGUAUUUUGUUGCCGAAAACGAGGAUCAGAAGGUCGUUUCAAAUAAAGAUGCUGAAUGGAGCGAAGCAAAUCUACAGACUUUGCUAAAUAGUACUGCCUGUGACUCAUCAACUAUAGGACUUGAUUUAAAGGUGGUUGAUACUCCACGGAAUGCUGAUCAAGAGUCAUUAGCUAGUACUUCGUCGCUUUUUUUGGUUGAUAGCGGAAAGGAGAAGAGCAACUUUCGCACAUUUUCUUACAGACCUGUCGGCCGCGAAUGGAGAAAAGAUGUUUGCCAAAGGCUAGGGUUGCGUAUCUAUUCGGGAACAGAGAGUGUUUACAAGGAUGAGCCACUUCAUCGAAUAAUUAAUGUUCAUGAUGCUCCCAAACGUUGUGCUGAUGUGAAGUCAGAUGGCAAUUGCUUGUUCCGUGCUUUAGCAUUUAGCAUUACUGGUGGCGAAGAAGAUCAGCACGCUGAAAUUAGGCGGAAGGUGGUUGACUUUGAGAGGAAAUUCUGCAAUAUCUUUCAAACAUUGGGAGGCUUAACGGAUAAAAAGUGGGAAGAUCACGUUAAAGAAGUUUCCAAAGAGGGUUCCUGGGGCACAGAUAUCGAGUUAGUUUCGUGUGCCACAAUGCUUGGAAUUGAAAUAUGGACAUACUUGGGAGAUUCGUGGAUUUAAAUAUCUUCUAAAAAUUAUUGUUUUGGAGAGACAUGUGGAAUCCACUUGUCUAACCAAUUUCUUCAUUUUAAUCCAGUGCUAGAAAUUUCGGGUGAGGACUCUCUGUCUGCCCGGCCUCAGAAGCAAAAGUUGUCGGUAAACGCAAACUACGAUAAAGGUGGUAUGGGACCUUCCUAUCGGCUUUUGUCUAUAGUGAGCCACAUCGGUGGGACUAGUAAUUUCGGCCAUUAUGUCUGUGACGUAUGGAGUCGUUGCGGCGAAAGGUGGUUACAUUGUGACGAUGACACCAUUUGUGAAGUUACUGAGGGGACUAGAUUUGGUAGCGAGAGAUCUAGUCGGUUAGACAUCUGUGUGGUUCUUGUUACUGAUUUUUCAACGUUGCGUCGAGUACUCACUGCAACAGUCCUAAUAUCUUCCAUAUCUUGUGGUAUUUAUACUGAUGGCCACAGAGGAGUUUGA